AUGACGAACUCUUCGUCGGGCUCCCCGCUCGGCGCGGACAGCACUUCGAAUGAGCGCCAAACUGUCAAAUACUUCUUCCAAGAGAAAUACGCGCCGCUCAAUGUUAAGGGCAAUUUCUUGACUCUUUGUGCUUGCCCAAAGAAUGUCGAGCUCGGGGAGUGGCUGGCUCAUCAGAACGGGAAAGCAGCUAGAAUAUCGGCCCCCAAAUUCAUCAACCGCGUUGAAAAAUGGAUUGUGAGCAAGAUACACGACCCUGUCAUGUUUCCCACCGAACAAGUGUCCGCCGCUCCUAUCACCUUUGCCCUUGCCGAGUCCGCCAAUGCACCUGGCGGCUUGUCUGGUCCUCCUCCCGCCAAUCCGCCAAUCUCAAAUAACGGUACCAGUCCUACUGGAGCGGCUGGCCAAGAUUGGAUCGGAAAAUCCAGCGGGUUUCCACCAACUUUCUACAAGGACUGCCAGGGUAUCAUGAAACAAAUGUUUCGCUGUUACGCGCAUUUAUAUCACGCCCAUUGGGAGAAUCCGUUCUGGCAUAUCAACAAACAUGAGGUUUUGAAUAUGUGCUUCGUCCAUUUCGUGACGGUUGCAAAAUACUACAAGCUAGUCGCCGAUAAAGAGAUGGAGCCCAUGGAGCCGUUGAUUAAUAUUUAUAUCACGCAAGAGAAGAUUCCGCCGGAGGCUCUUGCGGGUCACUGGGCGCAACAGCCCGCUCCUUCGUCGACUACUUCUCAAGGAUAA